AGAAAAUAACAUAAAAAUAUAAAAAUUCAACUUUAGGUAUUUUACAAAAACUCUUAUAAACUCCAUAAAACCCUGCGCCUAGAGACAGAGAGAAGUGAAUAAAUCCAAAAACCCUUAAAACGAUGAUGGAGCUUGGUGGUGGUACUACAACCACAUCCACAAACGCAAACGCAGAGGCGCCGCCACCGCCACAAUCAAACGAUGCGGCGGCCGCUACAGAAGCUGCGGCAGCUGCAGCAACGGUUGGUGCUUUUGAGGUGUCGGAGGAAAUGAACGACCGGGGAUUCGGAGGAAACCGGUGGCCACGGCAGGAAACGGUGGCGUUGCUGAAGAUAAGAUCUGACAUGGGAAUAGCGUUUCGAGACGCUAACGUUAAAGGACCCUUAUGGGAAGAGGUUUCCAGGAAAAUGGGGGAACUUGGUUACAUAAGAAGCGCAAAGAAAUGCAAAGAGAAAUUCGAAAACGUUUACAAAUACCACAAACGAACCAAAGAAGGUCGUUCCGGUAAAUCCGAAGGCAAAACUUAUCGCUUCUUUGAUCAAUUAGAAGCUCUCGAGACUCAUCAUCAACAACAACAACAUCAACCGCCUCAACCGCAACCGCCACAAACGCAACCGCCUCCUCUACGACCUCACAACAACAACAACAACAGCUCCAUGUUCACAACUCCUCCUCCAACAAACAUCACUGCUCUUCCUCCGUUUCCAAACAUCUCCGGAGACUUUCUAUCGGAUAAUUCAACGUCUUCUUCCUCUUCUUACUCCACUUCCUCUGACGUGGAGAUCAGCGGCGGAGGAGACGGGAGGAAGAAGAAGAAGAGGAAGAGGAGGAAAUGUAAGGAGUUUUUCGAGAGGUUGAUGAGACAAGUUGUUGAUAAGCAAGAGGAGCUUCAACGUCAGUUCCUGGAAGCUGUUGAGAAGCGUGAGCAAGAGCGGAUCGUUAGAGAAGAGUCUUGGAGAGCUCAAGAGAUCGCUCGCAUCAACCGCGAACGCGAUAUCUUAGCUCAAGAACGCUCCAUGUCCGCCGCUAAAGACGCCGCUGUCAUGGCUUUCCUUCAGAAGUUUUCAGAGAAACCAAACCCACAACAACAACAAGGUCAAUCAAACGCUCCAACACAACCGCAACCGCCACCUCAAACGCAGUUUAAUAACAACAACAAUCAGCAGCAAACACCUCAAACGCCCCAACCGCCCCAACCGCCAACUCAACAAGUGAUACAGACCAUAGAGACUGCCAAAACAGACAAUGGUGAUAAGAACAUGACAACUCCGGUUUCUGCUUCCUCGUCGAGGUGGCCUAAAGUGGAGAUAGAGGCGUUGAUAAAGCUGAGGACGAAUCUUGAUUCAAAGUAUCUAGAGAACGGACCAAAAGGACCGUUGUGGGAAGAGAUAUCAGCGGGAAUGAGACGGUUAGGAUUCAACAGGAACUCAAAGAGAUGCAAAGAGAAGUGGGAAAACAUAAACAAAUACUUCAAGAAAGUCAAAGAGAGCAACAAGAAACGUCCUCAAGACUCCAAGACUUGUCCUUACUUUCACCAGCUUGAUGCUUUGUAUAAAGAGAGGAACAAAUACAACAACGUUGCAUCUUCUUCCUCAACUAAACCGGAUAAUUCGGUUCCUUUGAUGGUCCAACCGGAGCAACAAUGGCCUCCUGCAACGGUGGCUCAACCUGAGCAUCCUCCUCUUGCUCAGCCGUUGGACUUUGAUGAUGAAGAAGGUGAAGAUGAUGAAGAAUACGAGGAUGAAGAUGAGGACGAAGAGAAUGAAGAAGGAGAAGGUGAGUUUGAGCUAGUGCCAAGCAAUGAUAACAAGACGACGAAUAAUGUGUGAUGAGGUUGAUGAUUCCGGUUUGGGUGGUGAAAGAUUAGUAAUCUUUAUUUAAGUUUUGAUGCAGAAGAAAUUUUAAAUAUUGGAUGGGGGUGCUUUUUUUUACUAUUUUUGAUUUUUAAGUUAUACUGAGAAAAAUAUUAAGAGAAUAAUAAGUUGAUAAUUUUAAAUAAAUGUGAUUUAAUUAUUUUUGGGAUAAUAGAGAUAAAUAAUGGUUGAAGAUGGAGACAAUGUGGGAUUUUCAUAAGCAAAUAAUAAAAACUGUAAUUUGUAAUGUUUUUCAAAGCCUUUGUAAAUGAAUGGUUCU